UACUGUAAGGGCGCUGUGCGAGAAAUUUUGCUCGAGUACAAACUGCUGCACGGCUACAUUUCACUUGUGAUAUGUUUCUUUGGUACGAUAGCUAACAUACUCAACAUUAUAGUCCUGACAAGAAAGGACAUGACCAAAGUGCCCAUCAAUCGAAUUCUAAAAUGGCUCUCAGUAACGGAUAUGUUUGUAAUGAUCGAGUAUAUACCGUUUGCAUUUUACGUGUACCUCAUACUUCCAGAUCGUCAAGACUAUCCGUACUCGUGGGCCGUUUACUUGAUGUUUCACAUGCAUUUUACACAAAUCUUACACACCAUUUCGAUACUGCUAACGGUCACACUAGCUAUAUGGAGAUACAUAGCAAUUAAGCAUCCGCAUGGUUCGCUGGCCAUUUACGCUCAAUCGAACUACGGCCAGGCUAUCGCGCUGUGCUACAUCCUGGCGCCAAUUUUGUGCUUUCCAACGUACUUUGUCUGCACGAUACGGCAGACGUUCGUCUUCGAGGGCGACACUCAGGUGGUGCUGUUCCACGUCGACAUGGAUGAGAGUACAAUUGUCUACCGGUACAACUUUUGGAUUCACUCGGUGAUUAUCAAGCUGCUUCCGUGCAUCAUCCUAACCGUCAUCAGCUGCGUGCUGAUCCAGGUCCUGUGGAAAGCAAGCAAGAGGCGUCUCAAGUUGAAACAGGGUGGAAAUUACACGAAAACGAGCGUGCAAUUAUCCCCUGCCAACCCGAAAUCACACAGCCACCCGAAAACGGAUCGACGAGCGGACAGGACAACCACCCUUCUGGUAGCGGUGUUACUGCUGUUUCUCUUCACCGAAUUUCCCCAGGGCAUUCUCGGGCUGAUGAGUGGCAUGCUGGAAAAGUGCUUCUUCCGCCGUUGCUACGGGCUGUUCGGGGAAGUGAUGGACCUGCUGGCCUUAAUUAACGCUGCCAUCGGAUUCGUGCUGUACGGGCUGAUGUCGAAGCAGUUCCGGACGAGCUUCAAGUCGGUUUUUUUCAAAACUCCAACCCAUAGGGCCGAGAUUACUCGCAUGACCGGCGUCACGACAACCUGUGUCUGA